AUGGACAGAGAUGCGGAACGUGAGUGUAAGACUUGUCCUGGGUGUCAGCUUGUGGCACAACCGUCUUAUCCUGAACCAAUGAAACGCACUGAAAUGCCAACCAUGCCGUGGCAGGAUGUAGGGCUAGACCUUCUUGGCCCGAUGCCAGAAGGAGAAUACAUCCUGGCGGUUGUCAAUUAUUUUAGUAGAUAUUUCGAGGUGGACAUUGUAAAAAGUGUGACCACCACUGAUAUGAUAAGAAGUUUGAAUGAGAUUUUCGCUUCUCAUGGAUAUCCGCUAUCGUUUAAAUCCGAUAAUGGACCUCAGUUCAUCUCCGAAAAGUUCGAAUGUUACCUGGAAGAAUGUGGCAUAGAGCACAGACUGAGCCCAGCUUUAUGGCCACAGGCCAAUGGUGAGAUUGAGAGACAAAACCGUACAAUGUUUAAAUAUAUGCGCAUCGCACAUGCACAAGGCAAAGACUGGAAAGAGGAACUUUUCAAUACACUUCUGUCUUAUAGAUCUACACCUCAUGAGUCAACGGGUGUGACUCCAGCAAAACUCAUGUUUAAUCGUGAAAUCCGUACUAAAUUGCCUGAGUUGCGUGAUAACACACCAAGGAAUUUGGAAGCUAGAGAUCGCGAUGCUGAGAGCAAGCAAAAAGGAAAGGACUAUGCAGACCAGAGACGUCAUGCCAAAGAUAGUGAUCUAAACGUAGGGGAUCGUGUUUUGAUGCAACAAGCGAAAAAGAACAAGUUGACGACGCGUUAUGGUGAAAAGCCGCUAACUGUCGUGGAAAAAACGGGAAGCAAGGUCACUGUCGAAACAGAUGGAGGAAAACAGUACAGGAGAAAUUCAGCUCAUCUACGCAGAUUUGAGGAGCAAACAACGGAGGAUUCUACUGAUAACGAUAUCGAGACAGAAAUUGCAAUUGACGAUGAUAUCGCUGAGGACACUGAGCCAGUGCCGCAGGGGUCUCCUCAGAAGAUUGUGACUAGGUUUGGUAGAGAGAUCAAAGUCCCUACCAAAUUCAAGGAUUUUGAUAUGACCUACAUAUAG